GGGAUGAAGACGCCUUCUUUUUCUGCAUUAAAGACAUAUUGCAAGCAUCAAGUUUUUCUUCUCUGGAAUCCUGGAAGUAGAAGUAGCAGCAGGGGAUUUCCUUGGGCCUCAGUUGAAUUAAUAGGUUCGGGUCAUCUACAGAAAACUUUUGUCCUGCUCACCACAAAAAGGCACAACUCUUGGAACAUUCAGCAAGGCUGCAGCUUGCUUCCAAGUCAGGAUAAGCUUAUGGCAAUAACUGGAGGAGCAGGGUUUGUGGGUUCUCAUCUUACUGACAAACUAAUGAUGGAUGGCCAUGAGGUUACAGUUGUGGACAACUUCUUUACGGGCAGGAAAAGAAAUGUGGAGCACUGGAUUGGUCAUGAGAACUUCGAACUGAUAAAUCAUGAUGUCGUUGAGCCCCUGUACAUUGAAGUGGACCAGAUCUAUCACCUGGCAUCUCCUGCUUCUCCCCCAAAUUACAUGUAUAAUCCUAUAAAAACAUUGAAGACCAACACUAUUGGGACAUUAAACAUGCUGGGGUUAGCCAAACGUGUUGGAGCACGGCUGCUGCUGGCCUCUACGUCAGAGGUAUAUGGAGAUCCUGAAGUUCACCCUCAAAAUGAGGAUUACUGGGGCCAUGUGAAUCCAAUAGGUCCAAGAGCCUGCUAUGAUGAAGGAAAGCGGGUUGCAGAGACCAUGUGCUAUGCAUACAUGAAGCAGGAAGGAGUUGAAGUGAGAGUUGCCAGAAUAUUCAAUACCUUUGGUCCUCGAAUGCAUAUGAAUGAUGGUAGAGUUGUCAGUAAUUUUAUCCUACAAGCCCUCCAGGGAGAACCACUAACAGUCUAUGGACCUGGAACUCAGACGAGAGCUUUCCAGUAUGUCAGUGAUCUUGUGAAUGGGUUGGUGGCAUUGAUGAACAGCAACGUCAGCAGUCCUGUCAACUUGGGAAACCCAGAAGAGCACACUAUCCUAGAAUUUGCCCAGUUAAUUAAAAAACUUGUUGGCAGUGGGAGUGAAAUCCAGUUUCUCUCAGAAGCACAGGAUGACCCUCAGAAACGAAAACCUGACAUCAGAAAAGCCAAGUUAUUGCUUGGCUGGGAACCUGUGGUCCCGUUGGAAGAAGGUUUGAAUAAAGCAAUUCAUUACUUCCGUAAAGAACUUGAGUAUCAGGCGAACAAUCAGUAUAUUCCCAAACCAAAACCCGCAAGGAUGAAAAAAGGAAGAACAAGACAUAACUGAAGACUAUUAGUUGGACAGGAGAUUCCCUGCUUGACAUUUGACGGAUGUAAUUUUUUUUUUCUUCUUGGUUUUUUUUUUGAGAGAGAGACUUUGAAACAGGUAUCAUGAAGAACAAACUGGAAUUUCAUUCUGAAGCUUGCUUUAAAGAAGUGGAUGUGCCUAAAAAUAACAAACAAAUAUUCCCCUUCCCCUGCAAAUCUUGCCUUGCACUUUUUAAAUCUGUCUUUUUAUGUAAAAUAGAGUAGAAGCAUCUUUUAGUAUCUUCAAGUUUUAUAUCUUGCUGUGAGAUCAUUUUGUUGUGACUGUCCUUGACAGUUUUAUUUACUGGUUUCUUUGUGAAGCUGAAGAUAAACACAAAUGGGAUGGAAAAUGCCAAUUUAUUUAUAAAAUGGGUACUAUAAAAUAUGAGAUGUUCUACUAUGCAUAAGAAAAAAGCUAGCGGUAUUGUCAGGUGAGAGACACUGACAUCUAAGUAUAGAGGGGUUUAAAAGAAUUCUGUAUGAGAGCUUUAUGUAUUCUUUAAAGGAGAGAUUUUUUCAAAGGUUUAGUUUUAGUUGUACACUUGAAUUUGAGAUAUUUUCAUUGAUUACCAUGGAUAAGGAUAUUUUGAAUCACUACUGUGUUGUGCGUACUCUGGGAAUAAAGUUAAUGUAUUAUUGGUUA